CGAGAACCGCUGCAUUUAUCAAUUCACACACCUGUACUUUUUUAUGGUUUUUCAAGGAAAACCACAUACAGGAACACUACAUUUAUCAGACAAUAUUCCUGAUGACAUCAAAAACGUAGACAGAAAUUUCGUUUUCCAGAUUUGUUUUGUUUUCCGAUUUCCCUGCCAUUGUGGAAAAUACUAGUACCUAGGAUUACCGACAAAGGUGGCCCGGUAGACAUAAAAGAAACCACAAGAAAUCAGCAGCAUGUCGGACGACGAAGCAGACCCCGAGCUGCUGGAGUUGCUCCGUCAGUCCCUCGGACUCGGCCGCCAAGCAAAAUCAGGGCCUUCCUUCGAUACAAAAGUCCUUGCAGGCGCCCAACAUGUCUUCGACAACUCCGUCGAUGUGGCCUUAGACCCUUUCAAAACCAAGGCCGCAGCAGAGACCAUCUGGCAGCUGAUGCAGAAGAAGAGGUAUUCUACGAAGAAGUGGGCAGAGCAUGAACUGCACCCGCAGGCCAAGGAUGCAAACACGGUUGAUUUUAUCUUCACGAUGGAUUUGUUGAAUUUUAGCUUCUGGUCGGAUGAGGCGGAUGAGGCGAAGCAGUUUGCCAUCGAGUAUCGAGGGAAUAGGUGGAAAGGAUAUUGGAGUCUGGUGGCUGCGUUGCAGAGAGCUCUCGAUGAAGAGAUCCCAAUCACGAGCUCGGAUUUCUGGCAGAAUGAAGACGAAUGCACAGAGGAGGUUUUGCGCCAUGUCUUCCGGUCUGCAACGGAUGAGGAAAUCCCCAUGUUCCAAGAACGGCUAGAUUGUCUUCGUGAGGCCGGGAAAAUUCUCUACGAUAAAUACCGCUGUAGCUUCACAUCCUGCAUUGAAGAAGCCAACGGCUCUGCCGCAGUACUCGUAAAUCUGAUUGCAGAUAACUUCCCCUGCUUCAGAGACAGGACGCGGUUCGAGGGGAAGGAAGUGCGCUUCUACAAGCGCGCCCAGAUCCUGGUCGCAGACCUCUGGGCCUGUUUCCGUGGCAAAUCCUACGGGAAAUUCCAUGAUAUUGAUAAACUCACAAUGUUCGCAGAUUACCGAAUCCCCCAAAUGCUACACACCCUCGGCUGCCUGCUCUAUUCCCCACCGCUAGAAACGCACAUCCGCAAGCGCAAACUACUGCCAAGUGGACACAGAUGGGAAACCGAGCUACGCGGCACGAGCAUCUGGUGCAUCGAGCUGAUCCGCCGCGAGAUUGAGAAGCAGCAUGCCAAAAUGGCACGACCGGGUAUGUAUGCGGAGCUGACGCCGCAGCUCAUGACGGCGUCCGGGUCUGUGGCGGCGUCGGGAUCUGUUUCUGUGAGGGGUGCAGGAGGUGAGGGGGAUGUGGGGGAUGAUGAGAAAGGGGAGGUGGUGAGUGCCGAUGCUGAGGAGGAGGAAGAGGAGGAGGAGGAAAAAGAAGAGAAAAAUGAGGCGUAUCCAUUGGGUGUCAAUGCGGUGUUGAUUGAUUUCAUGCUGUAUGAUUCGAUAAAGGAGAUGGAAGGGGAGGGGAAGGAGACUAUCCCACACCAUCGUACAAGGAGCAUUUGGUACUGAUUUUCCAGGUGCUCGCCAGGAAAAAGACUUGGCUUUGUUUUCCAUGUGGCGAGAAUCGUGCCAAGCCUACUUUUUAUUUUAAUUCCCAAAGUCCUUUGGCGUUUC